AUGAGUGCCAUUAGUUUGGAUAGAGACACGGGGGCUUUGUUGACCCUGCUCAUGAACAACCGCUUCAGUAUCACCGCAUUGAACCUGCUCCCAGUCCUCCUCACCAAAAAUCGGAAGAAACACCUUAACGAGGAGCCUGAGGUAUAUAUCAUCGGAUUUCGGCGCGGUGCGCUUGGUUUUCUUGCUCUUACCUCCGGCGACCAAAAAAACGAGGAUACAGCAGCUUACCAUAGCUCCCUUGCCCUUUGCUUACGCUGCGCCCUGCUCGAAGUGUGGAGAAUUGGCAGUGGCUUCACUUCAGCAAAAGAGGUAAGGAGGUUUGAGUAUCUGAACCCGAACCCAAAAAUCAAAAAGAAGAAGACCAAGAUGGACCGCUUAUCAUUUUUUGGCUCAGAGGAUAGUAUUCUCCGGACAAGGUGGCAUAGACCCAGUUCCGGAAGCCUAGAUGGGAGAAGGUUUCACCAGUGCUGGCCAGGCGUCGACCCAGCCCGAACGAACGAGGACCAUUUGGACAACUAG